GGCAGGGCCUCGUAGCAGUGGCAGCAUUAAGUGUCCCGAUUUUUCGAGCUGAACAGGAUAGCAGUGCAAGGCUUAAUUCAAGUAACAUUCCAGAAUGGGAGUGACUGAAACACCUCUGGUUAAUUGCAUCAAGUACUUAAUGGCAAGAAGACGCGAGAAACUUCUAUGCUGUUUGAAGAAAGAAGAAAACUUCCCUGUAAAAGAAUUUAUGCUGAUUUAUUAGUAUUGACUUCACAUCCCUGUCAGCACCUGUUUAUAUGAUGUAAGAUGUCCUUUUUUUUAAAAAAAAAGGAAAUGGAUCACGUCAGUAGAAGAGUUUGCAAUGUUGACGAACAAAGCGGCGAUGUUGAACAUUUGUGCCAGGAGUGCAUUGCUGGAAUCAUGGUAGAUGAACAUAUUUUGAAGAGCUGAAACAUCCUGGAAGUGUUAAGCUUAUCAGCUACUUGGCAGCCUUUUGUGAGCAGGGAAGAGUACAUGAAUUAUAUUUGUACCAACAGACUCUCUGAGGAAAACCAUGGGCCACAACUUUUAACUGACUGAUUAAUCAAAGCUCAUUAUCCUUUGCUUUUCGGUAUAAAUCUGUCUGCAUAUGCCACAAGUCAAAUGAACCAGUCAUAGGAUAUAAUGGAACUGACAUUGUACUUCACUGAACAGAAACAGCAACAAAACACAGCAUUUGUACUUCAUAAAUGAUUACUCAGCUUGUGUGAACUAUCAGAUAAAACGCAAAGGUGGUUUAGAACACAAUUGUGGAACAUUACUGCCAGGCAGCUUAACGUAAUGACGGCAUGGUCUAUGGUGGAGAAGCUGAAAAUGGAGAAGAAAUCCUCCAGAGAAGAGGGAAAAACUCAUCUAGAGACAGGAGACGGCAGUGCAGAGUCUGAAGAAUGGACAAGCUCUGAGAGUGAGCCUGAACAGGCCUGCAUUAACCAAAGAGGAGGAGCAGAUUUUUUUAACAAACCUCAUCGGCAGCUAUGUCGAUCUCCUUGCUUGGAUCGACCAAGUUUCUCCCAAAGCAGCAUCCUUCAGGACCAUAAGGGUGAGGACACUAGACCUGAAGACUCUAAGACAAACUUAGACAAAGAAUACCAGUCCAAAAUGGAAUUUGCUUUGAAACUAGGUUAUGCAGAAGAGCAGAUACAGGCUGUACUGAACAAACUUGGGGCAGAUGCUCUUAUUAAUGACAUCUUAGCAGAACUUGUGAGGCUUGGUAACAAAAAUGAAGCUGAGGCACAAGGCUCCAGUAACAGUGGCAUAGCUACCUUGGUGCCAAGAGGUCCGUGCACUAAGGAGAUAGCCAGCCCUGAGAUGUCACUGGAGGAUGAAGUGGUAGAUAGCUCUGACAAUCUGAGACCAAUCGUUAUAGAUGGGAGCAAUGUAGCUAUGAGCCAUGGAAACAAAGAAGUGUUCUCUUGUCGUGGGAUACAACUGGCUGUAGAAUGGUUUCUGGAGAAAGGGCAUAAAGACAUAACAGUGUUUGUGCCAGCAUGGAGAAAAGAACAAUCAAGGCCAGAUGCACCUAUCACAGAUCAAGAAGUUUUACGCAGGCUAGAAAAAGAGAAAAUUCUGGUCUUCACUCCAUCGAGACGUGUCCAGGGAAGGAGAGUAGUGUGUUAUGAUGAUCGCUUCAUUGUGAAACUGGCCUGCGAAUCUGAUGGUAUCAUAGUAUCCAACGAUAACUAUCGGGAUCUCCAGAAUGAAAAACCAGAAUGGAAGAAAUUUAUUGAGGAGAGACUUCUGAUGUAUUCAUUUGUGAAUGACAAAUUUAUGCCCCCUGAUGAUCCUUUGGGACGCCAUGGUCCAAGCCUGGAAAAUUUCUUGAGAAAGAAGCCAGUAAUUCCAGAACACAAGAAGCAACCUUGUCCAUAUGGCAAGAAGUGUACAUAUGGACACAAAUGUAAAUAUUACCAUCCAGAGCGAGCCAAUCAACCACAGAGGUCAGUAGCAGAUGAACUCCGUAUAAGUGCCAAGCUGUCUGCUGUUAAAACUAUGAGUGAAGGGGCACUGGCUAAAUGUGGUACUGGAACAAGUGCCAAAGGAGAAAACAGCACAGAAGUCAAACGAAUUGCACCAAAGCGUCAGUCUGAUCCAAGCAUCCGAUCCGUGGUGAGUGAACCAGAGGAGAGAAUGACACUCCGAAAGUCUGAGGCAAAUUCAGUGCCAUCUCUUGUGACUGCCCUAAGUGUACCAACACUUCCUCCUACCAAAAGCCAUGCAGUUGGUGCCUUGAACACUAGGUCUGCUAGUAGUCCUGUGCCAGGGUCAUCUCAGUUUUCCCAUCAGAAAUCAUCUCUGGAACAUAUGUCUAGUAUGCAGUACCCACCAAUUCUGGUUACAAACAGUCAUGGGACCUCUGUAAGUUAUACAGACCAGUAUCCAAAGUAUGAUUCAUUGGGUGAUCAUGGCUACUAUUCUAUGAUGAAUGAUUUCUCAAAUAUGAGCAUAAGUAGCACCCGUAAUACAGACUACUAUGGACUUGAUGCAGAUCAUGGAAUUUACUCAAGAAAUCAAAGCCCCCACCCAGACACUUGUUUAAGCCACUCAAGUAACGAGCCCUAUUCUUCAUGCAGUGAUUUGUACUUGGGGGUGGGAGAGACAUCUCAUGAAGACAACAUGAAAGUCCACCAGACUGCAUCACAGAAUCGACUUCAGCCAUUCUCUCAUGGUUUUCAUGAUGCCUUAACUCGAGUUCAGAGUUAUGGAACUGAGGAACCUAAACAAGUACCUCGCAAGCAGUCUGUUUCUCACUUGGCACUGAACAUCCAGCAUCCAGUGGUAGGUGCACGAUCUAGCUGCCCUGGUGACUACCCAGUACCCCAGAAUAUGCACCCCUCAUCCACAACACAACCUGGUCGUGCUUUGGUUAUGACAAGAAUGGAUAGCAUUUCUGAUUCACGCUUGUAUGAGAGUAACCCUAUGAGACAAAGACGGCCUCCACUUUGUAGGGAACAGCAUGCAAGCUGGGACCCUCUUCCUUGUUCUGCAGACUCUUAUGGCUACCAUUCUUCAUACCCAUUGAGCAACAGUCUCAUGCAGCCAAGCUAUGAGCCAGUCAUGGUAAGGAGCAUGCCAGAAAAAAUGGAGCAGAUAUGGAGAUCUUCUUGGGAUAUGUUCCCUAGUGAGUCACGGGAGCAGCAUAUAAUUCCAGAACAUCAGUAUCAGACAUAUCGAAACUUGUGCAACAUUUUCCCAUCACACGUUGUACUUUCUGUAAUGGAGAAAAAUCCACACAUCACAGAUGCACAACAACUUGCAGCAGUUAUUGUUAACAAACUGCGGUCAGGUCGUUAAACUCAUAAUAAUUAUGAACUUUUGGACCUAGUCUUGCUUAUUAAACAGAUAUCUGAGCAUGUGCUUUACCUGAAAAUGCAUGAAAUUUAUGCUAUAUGUACCUAUAAUUUUUAUUAAUGCAUUAGGCUUUAAAAUGCUGUAUACGUGAGUGUGUGUGUGUGUGUGUGUGUGUGUGUGUUGGAUUAUAAAAAUGCUCAGUAAAUUAAGAUAUGUAAUUUAUUUAAAUGUGGUGGAACCUAAGGGUAUUUAUCAGGAAAUGCAUACCUAAAUGCAUGGAUUUGCACUUUUUCAUAGAACAGAAACCUUUUGUAAAUGACCUGUGAAAUUAUUUUGUUUUUUAGCUAGUAAAACCUCAUAAUCAUGCUACUUAUCUAAAACACAUCAUGCAUCCAGUUCUGCAUUUAAAUUUAAAUGAUUGGCACCUUUUACUCCAACUUUUAUUGAGCCAAGUCUCUAAAAUAAUUUUAUAUACUAUACACAUAAAGAAAUAACUUGACACCAGAAAAUAUAGACUGCCUGAACAUCACCCAUUUGCACUGCAUUCCAGAACAAUUCUUGAAUUUCAUCUAGUCACUUCUUAACCAUUGGGGAUAUAUGUUUGAAAAUAAGAGUUUUGACUACAGGGUCAUGAGAUUUUUUUUUUAUUGGCUAAUGCAGCUCCUUCAAGAGAUUCUAACACAGUUUGAAACUGGACUUGUUAAAACUGUAAGCAACUGAGUGCGAUGUAUGGAAACAUCCUGAACUGUUGUGACUUGAGCCUGCUGUAUGUAUUUCAGUAAACAUGUAGGAAUCCCACACACUUGGAUGGAAUUUUGUUCGCAUUAUGAUCAGUGUGUGUACCAAUCCAUGUAUUCCCAUCCAUAGAUUUCUACAAGUUUGUGGAAGCUGAUAGCACAAAAUACAUAAUACUGCGUGGCCAAAUACUUAAUACUGCAUGGUCAAAGGUCACUUCAGUUUCAGUCCAUCUUGAGAUAUGAAGUACUUGAGCUGUACAGUUUAAGAACCUAGUAACUGUUUAUUCUUUUUUAAUAUUUAUCUACUGACGAGCCCUACUCCAGCUGAAUUCAUUUUAAAAAUAGUACAAGAAAAUUUAAUUUUUUUCAAAUGAAUAAUGUGACCCAUAUCAAAAUUAAUGAAUUAUUUUUAACUCUGUAAAAUGCAUUUCAUCUAAGUACUUACCAAAUGGCAAUAGUCCAUUUUCUGUACAGAAAUCUUUGUAAAAAAGGAGCAGAAUUCAGCUAUGGCUACUUAUGAUGUCAUCACACUUGACACAAGAGCAAACUCUCAGCAUCAGGUGAUCAGCUGGGGAUGAGGGUCAGUGGGCUAAACAUUAUUGAGUCUAUAGCCUUUUUCUGGGUGAGAAAGAUCAUAAAUGUCACAGCUCACGGCAUUCUCUCCCAGUGAGAGCUGGAAGUUGAUGCUGCAAACUUAUGCCUUGACAUGGUAGAUCAGCUGUUACCUGUACUGGAUUAGAGGUUUUGAGACUUGCUUAGUGCAGCUUAACAUCAUCUCAUCUCCAGGCACUGGUGUUCUGCAAGACUGAAGUUUCUCCUCCCUUUUCUGAAUGGUAUGGUACAGUAGUGGAAAAUUUCUGUGAACACACUUCCAUCAGAUGGAAAUAAGUAGAGCUGCAAGCAUUGAAGUAAUACUUGCAGUUUUGUUCAUUCAUCUAAAACAGUAAAACUAUUUUUAACUAUGAGUAAAUCCCAUAUCCCUACAUCCUUUUAACUACAUCAGUUCUAAAGUUGUAAGAUCUCUGAACUGCAGAGACUGUCAAACAGCUGUUUGCCAGUGUUUUCAGCAUUUGUUCCCAAACAAUAAUGGCAUGAAUUAAAUUCUUGAUUUAAGUUUGUCAGAUCGUGCAACAUCCUUUCUGUAUGUGCACCAUGUAAGAUGGCAGGGAUCAGCAUGGUGGCUAUCUGAUCUUGCCUGGGAGUAUUUAAACUGACUUGUGCCUUUGUUUUCCUUUUCUCUAAGCAGGCCUACCCUUAACUGGAAGCUACAAGCUUCCUUGUAUAGUCUGAUUUUGGUGCACUUCACUCAGAAAAAGAAGUAUUAAUUUGUGUACAGAGACCUACAAAUAAUAACCAAUACUAAUAACAAUAAUCAUACAACAUAAAUAAAUAUAACUGUUUUAGAUUUAACUUUGAGGAACUGCUGUUCAGCCCAGUUAGACAAUUCUAAGCUUUGUCUUUUUAGGGGAAGGGGAAAAAGGUAAACAUGUUUUGUCAGUGGCUGUAAUGCUUCUCACCACUGAGGCUCAUUCUUAAAAUGACUGGUAUCAGUGUUUGAUAAACAAGGCUGCUGUACUGUUGAGGUGGGCAGACUUUGGUUGACCAAGUCCUCUUACAGCCAUUCAUGGUACUCUGUUAGUAAAAUAACCUACAAUACAUUGCCAAUAAUAGAGUACCGUCUUUAGUUAUCUGAUUAAUAUAUUUCUUGGGUGGGGUCUUAAGCUGUUAUCCAAGACUGCCUCUGGCAUAUGAGAUGUGGUCACUAACAUUACUUAUCAUGCACAUUUAGAAUGGUGUAUGAACAUUGCUGCAGAAAUGCUGAUUUUUCUCUGAUUUAUUUUGUUUAAAUUCUUUAAACCCCUCUCCAGGAUCAUCAAGCACCAUACCCCAUUUGUUCCACCCAGCCACUAGCAUUUUACAACACCAGGAGUGUGAGGCAAGAACCAGGAAUUAUGAAUAGCAUAUAGUGGUUAGGCUAUUUUUGUAUGUUCCUAAUAUUUCCCACCAUUGCCUGCAUUGCUGGGCUCAUUUACGAGCACUCACUUCCAAAUAUUUGCUGAUUCCCAUUCUCGAGUGUUUGUGUACUGACUCCUAAUUACAAGUGCUGCAAUAGCAGGCUGUCCACCAGUAGGAACUCCUGUUUUAAGAUGGGUGAGUAGGCAGUCAGUGAAUUCUCCUCUUCCCAUCGCUUCUUAUCUUUUUCUUUUCCAUUUACUAAGAUGUUAUUCUAAGCAAGGUUAUCUGGGCUAAUCAACCUGUGGUGGUUGUUCAGAGAUGUGAAAAUAAUCUAACUUCCAUGCUGAUAAUGACCACUAGUUAUAAUAAGCAGCCAGUGAAAUAUUUACAUGAAUGCUCUCUUUUUCACCCAGUAUGACCUCAUUAAAAUGCCGGGGCUGCAAAACAGUAUGCGAAUUCCUGUGUUUUUUAAGGUCUUUGUAAAAAGUAUCAUCUUGUAUGGUGAAUUGUAAUUAGAAAAAUCAGUGCUUUAAAUCCCUCCUACCUAAGAUUAGAAAUUCGAAAAUUAACUUUUCUUUACACAGCAAAAUAGUAGGCAUAUUUUAAUAUUUUAGAGAUUUUAAUCUUAUUUGGUUGGUAAUACAGAAUCCUGAAAUAACAUUAUUAACUAGAUUCUUUGCAUUUAAAAAUCCAUCUAAAGGUAUGCAUUCCCUUCAUUUGACCUAUGAACCAGCCUUAUGUGAAAGUUAAAAAACGAGGCUUAAGUGCUUCAUGGUCAGAAGCAUUUGCAUUUCCUUAUAGGGUGGCGUUCUUUGUAGCUCAGUGCCUUGCUGGGUAUUUAACCAUUUCAGAAAAAAGCAUAUAUUUUUGUGUGUGAGUGUAUAUAAAGAAAUGCAUGAGUUAUGAUCGCCUUUUUUGAAACUAAUGUACAUUUUGAAACAUUUUUGAAUCCUAACUAGCUCGGCAUGUCUCGAGCUUCAAGAUGUUGACUUCCGAGUUUUUUCAUGAAAUUUGAGAAGGCCCAGUAAUGGCCUUUUAUUUCUUCAUGAGAAGGUGUGACACUGCCUAAAUGUUUCUUACUGUGAAACACACGGAACGUGAGGCUGCAGUCAGGGUUGUUUCUGGCAUUUUGAUAAUGGCUGACAAGCUGCAUUUUUUUAAAUUACUUGGCUGCUUUGUUGUAGCAGACAUUGUAGUUCAUUUUACUGUUGCCUGAACAAAAACACAAAACAGACAAAUAUGAAGUAGGGUUAUUGGCAAAAGUUUAUGGUCAGUGCAAACUCUGCCGUCUGGAAACCCUUAUACAUCUUAAAAAAUCUCACUUUAGUAAUCUUGAAUAGAAAGUUCACAGCCCAUAACAGUACAUAUGUGUCCAUCUUAUAUAUGCUUAGAUGAGGCAGCCAGAGAGACUGUUGCUUUCAACUUGUUUUUUGUCUGUAUUAGAACAGAACAGAAAAGAAAUGUCAGCAUUAAAAAUACUGAUAGAUACAAUGGAUAUGUAUUCAUAAAAAGCAGUUUGAAAUUUAUCAUGCUUAAUUUCAGGACUGUUAUUUUCUUUCACUCCAAAACAGUAGUAUUUAAUUAUGCUUAAUAGCCAGCAGUACAUAUCGGUGUCUGUUUGGCUUCACUUCUCCAUGCCUUUAGACAUUCAGUAUUAAAGUUGUUUGUUACUAAUGACAAAUUAUUUACUGUACCACCUUCCAGGGUGUUGUCUUAUUGUACCAAAUUUGACAAAAUGAUAUUAAGAAUAGCCACACUUUAAGUAAUCUGUAACAAAAUGAGUUUGGUGAAUUGAACAGUUCUGGAGCAAAACAAAUAGCACUACACUUAUUGUUAGUAGUAUUUAAAAUGAAGAGAUGCUAAGAAAAAUCUGGUUAAUAUCUAGUACAUAUGAGUAUUGCAGUUAGCUGUAUGCAGCUGCCUUUUCCUUACCCCAUUCUCUUUUUCUUCUGUCUCAGGCUUUAUUUAAACCUCUCCCUAUACAGUAUCACUUUUUUGGGUGCCACAUUCUAGGAACCUCACCACCAUCUGUGUGUAAUUGUAUUUAAGUCCAUCUUGAAGAAUUCUUCUUCCAGGUUCCACCCUUCUUCCUUCUCCUUUAAUUCACCGUUUCACUUGUCAUCCCUUGAUAAUACAUUAACAUGUCAUAUUUCCAUUUCCUGUUAUGUCCUGUAAUUUAUAGUUGCUAAAGUGUUUCUUUAUACCACAACCCAUAUGUCAUGUUCUUUUCACCUUUCUGGUAACAGUGCAUUGUAUGUUUUAUGUCAUCCUAGUCUUUUAUUUUUCUGUACAGUAAUGGGGCUGGUCUUUUCUUUCUGUGCAGUAAUGGGCAGAGAUACUUUUAACUCAGCCUACAUAUGCUUUACAUUGAAAGGAUAGCCUUAACAUCUAUAGACUCUUCUUCCCAUGCAGUGUACCCUAGCAACUUGCUGCCGUUCACUACUGCACCUUUUUUAGCCUGUGAAUUAUAACCACCCCAAAAUCCCAUUUGUCCUCUGUCAUUCUUACAGCCACACCUCAAGCAUCAGCUCUUGACUUUACAUUAAAAAUUGCACAGCCUUUACUUUUUUGCAUAAAUUCAAGCUGCCCCCCUGCAAAUACAACUUAUUCUGAUGGAAAAGUACUUCUACUAGCUGUGUCACUACACAUCUUUGUUUCAGCAGAAUAUAGGUUCAUUUGGCUGUUUAGUCUAAAGAGUGAUGUCACUGAAAUAUUUUAAACAUGUCUUUAGCAAUGACUACUGCUUCAUUCUACUGAUUUUACUGGCUUUCCUCCUUACAGUUCCCAAUUUACUUCCUAGCUUUAGUCAGUUUUCUUCCCUAAUGCCAUAAUACUCAGAAGGGUGAACUAAUAAAAUAUGUAAAGCCUGGGUCUGUCCUGUCAUCACUUGCUAGCACCACUGCCUUGUAGGGCAUGUCUGCUACUACUUGCCAUGUCUAAAUAGCAUGUAUAACUGCUCUGCAGCCAGAUAUUGCUGUGUCAUCACUAGAUUCUGUUUUGUAACAUUCCUGUUUCAACAAUGCAGCAAAAAGAAAUGCCACAAAUGUCCAGAAACGACCUUUUGUUUGUUGAUACAAAUUGUAUCUCCUUUUUUUCUUGAUUGUACAAAAUAUUUAUGAACUGUAUAGAAAUCGUAUAUAGAUUAGCUUCUUUAUUGCACUCUCACCAUAAUGUUUGUGACACUGUGUGUCACUGGGAGUAGCCCCACGGGUAUGUAUGACUUUUAUUUUUGUGCACAGUAGUUGAUAAAAACCAAAUAAACUUAACUUUUUAUGGCAGUUUGCACAUAUAUGUGUAUAUGAGCACUAUGUUACAUAAACUAAGUUUUCCUGGUACUGUGCUAUAACUAAACUUCUGAAGGCUAUAUAGACCGUCAAUCUUACGGAUCUCUAAAAUAAUAUUCAUGUAAUUUGUUUCUGUAAAUAAAUACCCAUGCUGGGGCCCCUGAUGCAUUAUAGUGAACUGAUGAAAAUUAAUAAAAUAUUUAUAUUUAUUUUAUUACUGUAUUCAUGUUCAGUAUUUUCCCAUUCCUACAUGAAUUCAGGUGGCUGUUUUUCAGCUUCUAUCAGUACAUACAGCACUUUUCUUAUGGUAAGAACUCCAGAAGGAGAAACUGAUAUUCAGUAUACUAGAAUUCCACAUGUUAAGAUAAAUUGUUUAUUUACUUAUGAAGCUCAGCAGGGGCUACAGUUCAUGUGCUUUGUAAAAUAUGUAAAUAACAAUUAUGUUUUGCCAUGUUUAACUCUUUCACAGUCACCUUGUGAGAGGGUAUAUUUUACACCACCUACUAUUUUUGCCAGGAUUUAAAAAUGACAAUUGGCUUAGCGAAGGAAGAUUAAUGAAGGCAGAUGCCUUUUAUGUUUGCAUUUUGUGGCAUAAUUUCUCUCUUUUUACUAUGUUUAGGGCCUUUGUAGACACCUCUAGGAUAAUGCUACAUUGAAAUACAUCAUUGUGGGCAUUUUCAUGUUAUAGGUGUUAAUUUUAGUCAGCCAUUUCAAGACGGCACUAACCUGUACUUGGUUUUCGGCUCAGAGUUUAUAAGUAUUAUACUUACAGCAGCCUCAUAAUGCUAAGUGCUGCUUCUUUGUUCUAAAAAAGCUCUUUAUCUGGAUUAUUUCAGGUGUCAUUAUUGGAAAAUGUGUUUAAAAAAAUAGAUGAUCUUAUGUAUAGUAAAUCUGAUUUUAGAAAGUGUAGAUCUGUACUAUACUGUCUGUAUAGCAGCUUGCUAGCUUUUAAUUGUACAGUGUCUUACAUUAAUGUGAUUGUAAUUUAAGGUUGUUCUGUUAUUUCAAAAUAGAGGGAUGGAGGAUAAUUCCUCUGUCUUUACAUCAAAUUGUUUCUUACCAUUUGCUAGAUCUUUUUUUGUUUACUGUAGCAGAUUUCCAGAGUUAACAGAAUAGCCAAUUUCAUACAGCAGUUAUACGAAAUCAUACUUCUAGACAAAUUUCAAUAUACUGUUCAAAGUCAUUUAAGUUCAUUGUAUAUAUGGUGUUUGUUUUGGAUGUACAACUGGUCAAGUCAUUUAGUAGUUGUGUAUUACAGGAUAAAGGUAGUUAAAAUCCAACUUUAUUCCUGGUGGUGUACUAUCCAGCUAUAGUUGUUAGUAUUAUUCCUUUGUAGAAUUAAACAUGUCACUGUUUAAUUGUUGUAAACUUUUAUAAAACUCUUUGGGUUUGUUGUUGACCCAAACAAAAUGUAAGUCUCAAUGACAAAAAUGUAGGAAAAAAUCGUAAAUAAGCUAACCAUUAUGUGGUAAAUCACUGUAAUAAGUAGGCAGUGCACGUAAAUGUGUGUGCCAGGUUUGUGACUGUGUGCGCGCGCGUGUGUGCAUGCAUGCAACAUGCUUCUGCUUACUUAGUGGUUGUAACAUUUGAAAAAUGUCUUUGCUGAAAUGUUAAAAAAUAAAAUGUAUAUUUAAAAACUGUGACUUUAUAUUAAACUAAACUUGCGUGGCUUUGUACAUGUAUGUAUAUUUAUAUAGUUUCAAACUUCAGUAAAUGCUUUAUUUAAAAUA